CAAUUCGGCCACAGCAAAGACAGGGCAAUUAUUUUCUGUUGCCGUUGUUUUUUGUUGUUGCCUUUUUCUUUCGCUUGUCUUUCGCUCAAGAGUGCACUCGCAAAAAAGAAUUGCACCACUUCAACGCGAUUACACGCAUUUUUGCACACUCUGUUCCAACGUGACCACUCGCAGAGUGUGGUAAAGUGAGGUCACGAUGAGUCUGCUCAAGUUUCACCGUACGCUCCAAACGACCGAUCCGCACAGCGUACCGGUGCUGAUCAUAGGCCAGCUGCGCCAUCUCACGGAGCUACCGUUCGAGCGGAUCAGUCCGAAGCUGGAACCGCGCGUCGAACGGGAAACGUAUGCGAAGGCCGUCUCCUGUCUGCAACCCGCCCCAACCGAUAUGUGUUCACUGUACCUCGAUAUGGCCCGUGUUGCUGUGCUGCCGUUGAAAGCUUCCCGGCAUAAUUCCGCCUCCAGGGCACACUCGAUUACGAAAUUGAUUCAAUCGAACACAACGGGCGGUAGUGAAUCGAUCGUGAUCGUGUGCGAGAAGCAGGAUUUGCUGGCGUCGGCCUGUGCGGUGGCGCGAGCUUUCCCGCUGUACAGCAGGAAAACGUCCAAGGGUGCUAACGUUGAACCUCCGCCAACGGUUCACAUCGAGUUUGUGCUGGUGGGUGGGGAUAACCCGACCGACACGGAGAUCACCGAGGAAGAUAUGCUGGUGCUGGCUAACGUGACGGUGGGAAUUCGGCUAACGGCCCGUAUCGUUGAUGCCCCGUGCAAUGAGAUGAACGUGUCCGGCUUCCUGUCCGAGGUGGAAGCAAUAGCACUCGAGCUGGGUCUGAAGUCGAAGAUCAUUCGGGGGGAGGAGCUGAAGGAGAAAGGUUUCGGUGGCAUCUACGGUGUCGGUAAGGCGGCACUCGACCCACCAGCCCUAGCCGUGCUGUCCUACGAACCGAAGGGUGCAACCGAGACGGUGGCCUGGGUUGGCAAGGGCAUCGUGUUCGAUACGGGCGGUCUUAGCAUCAAGGGAAAGACGGCAAUGCCGGGCAUGAAGCGGGACUGUGGUGGUGCUGCGGCUAUAUUGGGCGGAUUCUACGCUGCCGUCAAAAGUGGCUUCAAGCAGAACCUGCAUGCGGUGUUCUGUUUGGCGGAGAACUCCGUAGGACCGUUGGCGACCCGGCCGGAUGAUAUCCAUCGGCUGUAUUCGGGUUGUACGGUAGAAAUCAACAACACGGACGCUGAAGGGCGCCUUGUGCUGGCCGACGGUGUCGUGUAUGCGGACCGUGAUCUCAAGGCAAACGUUAUCCUCGAUAUGGCCACGCUGACCGGUGCGCAGGGUAUAGCGACGGGCAAGUACCACGGUGCCAUUCUCACCAACAGUGACGACUGGGAAGACAAGGCACUGGAAAUUGGACGUCGCACGGGUGACAUGCUAUCCCCGGUGCCGUACUGUCCGGAGCUGCACUUCAGCGAAUUCAAUUCGGCCGUAGCCGACAUGAAAAACUCGGUCAUGGAUCGUGGCAACGCACAGGUCAGCUGUGCCGGGCUGUUCAUAGGAGCGCAUCUUGGCUUCGAGUACGGUGGCUCGUGGAUGCACAUCGAUAUGGCCGCUCCGGUACACAAUGGCGAGCGUGCGACCGGGUACGGAGUGGCGCUGUUGGCUGGUCUGUUCGGGGAGCAUAGUAAGGCGUCAAUCCUGCGGGACAUUGCCAACCAACCGACAGUACAGCGGAAUAAAGUGGCCGGCAAUGGGACCGAACCCCCGCUCAAAAAAGCUUGCUUAGAUUAAGCUGACGCCGGAUGGCCUGCUUGGUUGAGCAUUUGGAAAAAAGCUUUAGCAUCACAGGCUCCUUUGUUGAUUCGGGCAGACGACGACAGCGACAAAAACACACGGAAAAACUGAACUGAGCAACGAUCUUUCUUUAUUUACAUAAUUCUGUUUUUUCUCAGUAAUGCAUUUCCCCGUGAAAGGUAGCAUUAUUGCAUUUUUUUCUAAUAAAUAAAAUGAAUUAGAAAUUUCAGCAAUUA